AUGACGACCGAACGCAUCCAGUCUUCGACGAAAGAAACGAGUGGUCGCGUUCAAACCUCAACGAAAGAAGCAUGGUCGAAAACGAAGCUGCGCAGCAAAGACUGGUGGAAUCGCGUUGGCGACCCUUCUCUUGAAAAGGCCACCAACAAAAUAGGCGCAGAGACUUUCUGGCCAACUUCCCUCGACCGCGAAUCGCAGAAAGCUGCUCGAAUACUGCGAAGCUUCUGCAUCGAUGGAUUCACGGCACAGGACGCUAAAGACCUCGGGGGAAGUAAUGUCGAUGUUACGGAAAUACAGCUCAUGAAGAUCCCGACUGAAAGGGACAAGGUCAUUCGCGAGUGUAAAGGACUAGCCAUCUUCACCGUCAUCCGAACCGGCUUCUUGUCCUCGAGAUCUGGAGGAAGCGGUAUCAUCGUGGCUAAGCAACCAGACGGCAAAUGGUCGCCUCCAUCUGGGAUUGUUAUCACAGCUCUAGGUAUGGGCUUUCAAGCUGGCGCCGACAUAUACGACUGCGUUUGCGUGAUCGAAAACGACGACGGCAUGGAUGGCUUCCUUAAAGCACGCACCACUAUGGGUGGUGAAGUCGGUGUUGCCGCAGGCCCCCUCGGUGGCGGUGCCAUUGUCGGUUCUGAAGUUCACAAACGUCAGGCGCCGGUCUUGACGUAUACAAAGGGUCGAGGGCUGUACAUGGGCGUGCAAGUGAAGGGGACCGUCAUCGUGGAACGCUCUAGCGAGAACGAGCGAUUCUAUGGCGUCGAAGACGUGAAGUGCACCUCAAUCCUCAACGGAGAGGUACCACCUCCAUCUGACUCUAUUGAAGAGGUCGGCCAGCUCUGGGAGACGCUCAAGGCAGUGCAGGGCGACCCGCACGACAAAUCCAAACUUCCGCCAUCCAAGGAUGCACCCGACGACCGUGAGCUCGAGGUGCCAAAGGAAACAAGCCAGGCAGAAUACGAUGAUAUUGGCAUGUGCCCCGAAUUCUCUGAUGAGGAGAAGCGUGCAGGGCAGGCAUCUUGA